AUGUGGCUAACCCAAGGCAAUGGGAGCCCAGAGAAGGCAGUUCCAAAGAUAGCGCCCAACACACAGUGGGUAGUCCCGAAGUACCAUAGGAAGAAAAGGCUUUGUUUCCCAGAGCUCCCAGUCUUCAGCUGGUACACUCAAGGACAUCGGUACCUGGCCUAUAGCGGAGGCUACGGCAAGAACCCCGAGCUGGUGGGGUGGCAGCGCGAGGCUGAAGCGCGCCAGGGUGGGGCAGCGGCUGCCGGGUGGGUCGGUGGGUGCGGCCCUUGGCUCCGCCCCCCCGCGCGGAGAGAAGUAGAAGCUGAGCGCGGUGAUUGUGGCGUGGCAGUACCUGCGACGCGCCGCGAGCCUCAGCUCUGCUCGGGUGUGGGUCUGGACCGGAGCGCAGUGUCAAUGUGCAACCCGUCCCAAGUUCAGAUGGAGCAGGGGGCCGAGGGCCUGAACCAGUGGCAUGUGGCUUCCCACCAGUUCACAGAGUCCAAGGAUGCUGAGAAGUCAUUGUCCAUCUUGAACAUGUCUUCAUCUCUCGGAAGCAGUGGAAUGCACACCUCUUGGAACCAUAGUCCAUUAGGCAUUCAACACAUCCCUCAGUGCACAGAGCUGCAGAGGAUCCCCUUGGCUUCUGCUGAGGCACCCAGGCAGAAUGCCAAUGAAAUGGGGCCACAGUUCAGUAUGGUACUGCCUGAUCACCAUGUGAGCUACUGCCCCCAACUGACUUUCACCCCUUCCCAGAUGACUUUCACUCAAGGAAUGUCUCCUUCACAGCCAGGAAUGAUGAUUUUCGAGGAACCCCAGAUGAUGCCCCUAGGAGAGCCCAAUGUUCCAGGGAUGGCCAUGACCUUUGGUGCGAAUCUAAGGAUGCCCCUUAAUGGGCCACCAGCCUCACCUCCCAGUGGAAUCCCAAUGAUGUCCCACAUCAGAAUGCGAACAGUGUCUUAUCCUGGCCUCCCAACAGUAGCUUCUAACAGAGACCCUUUACCACCUAAAGCAUUAUUAAAUCCAACCGUGCCUUCCACUGAGGCCCAAGCACUGCUCCCUCCUGUGGCUCAGAUGUUGCCUCCUAGAGAGCCCCACAACUUUGGGAUGUCCCCAGGUGGAUCUCCAGUAUUGCUGGCUUUUAAAUCCCAGGGCUCUUUUGUGAACCAGCCAGUCUCCCAAGAAGACCCCUUCCUACCUAAGCAGCCCAUACCUGCUCCACAAAGAGCAGAGCAGCAGUACUCCAGGACCCAGGAAAAGGCACCUAGGCGGAGAUCCCCAGUUUCAAGGCCUUACCGCUGCGACUAUGAGAACUGUGAAAAAGCUUACACUAAGCGCUCCCACCUCGUGAGUCACCAACGCAAACACACAGGUGAACGGCCCUAUAAAUGCACGUGGGAAGCCUGUACUUGGUCCUUCUUCCGUUCUGACGAACUUGGAAGACAUACUCGGAUACACACCAAACAUCGACCACAUCAAUGUGACCAGUGCGGCCGAAAGUUCAUGAGAUCUGACCAUCUCAGGCAACACCAAAGGACUCAUAUGAGGACUCCAAGAUCUCCAGACCCACCGGCAGACAGUGGAUGUGUGGCUGGUCCUCCUCCUACUCCUGGUCUUUAG